AACCCCCGAAGGAAUUCCAGAGAAGAAAAAUCAACCUCACUAUAUAAACCAGCUCGAAAAGGAUAUAUACAGAGAGCCAUAAUUAAGUAACCAUGGCUGAAGAAUUCCAGGGAAGCGUAUCCAGCUUCAACUUUUGGAGCUCCUUAAGAUGCAGCGAUAUCUUCUCCUGCUCGACGGCUUUGAACGCCGGCGAUAUUGAAGAAACCUUCGGGUUUUUUCCAGCCAGCAACGAGAUAGUUGAGCUCAGCAAAGCCAACUCCUUUGAUUACUUCACUCAACCUUCAAGUUUAGAUCCCUUGUCCUCUUCAGUUGAUUGGUCCCAAUCUUUCCUUGAAAGCUCUGAGACUAAUUUCCAAGCUGUUCAGCUCGAGGACAGCGCAGCAACAAGAGAGUGUGAAAUAAUACAGAUGGAUUUUACAGAAACGUCGCAAGAUUCUUCCAAAGAUAUGAUCUGUCACGGCUCCUUUCAAUCGAAUCAGACCCUUUCAGAAUCCGCCAUGGCUGAACUUCAAAUCCUUCCAACGGUCGAGUUUCCUUCCAACGGCUCUUUGUUUUCGAGCACGUCAGCGAAGUCAAACACAGCAGCUUCAAGAGAUCCAACACCCCCGAUUGCAAAGAAGAUUAGAAUAGAAACACCUUCACCAUUACCAGCUUUUAAGGUGAGGAAAGAGAAGUUAGGUGACAGGAUUACAGCACUCCAGCAACUGGUAUCACCUUUUGGAAAGACUGAUACGGCUUCAGUUCUCCAUGAAGCAAUCGAGUACAUCAAGUACCUUCACCAGCAAGUCAAUGGGCUAAGUAAUCCAUAUCUAAUAAAUAGGCAGCAGAAGACAAAACAACAGAUUUUGGAAAGGCAGGAGAAGAAUGGCGAUAGAGCAAAGAAAGAUCUUAGAAGCCUUGGGCUGUGUCUGGUUCCUAUAUCGACCACAUUUACAGUGGCCAGUAAUGAGCUCCCACCAGAUUUCUGGACUCAACUAUGGAGCAUGGAGAACUACUGCUCUAUAAGAAGGGAGAGAUAGAUCGAUCGAUAUUAAUAAAAUAGGAGAAAAUUGGCGAGUUAAUAACCCCUAAGAGCUAAUGAACUUUGUUUAGAAGAAGAGGAGGAGAGCUUUCAGCCUUCAAAGACAGUCAAAAUUUGUUCAUGUGCCGUUGAUCUAUCAGUAUUAUUAUGUAUUGAUAUUAAUACAAUAUUAAUACAAAAUAAUACAGAUUAUAUGAUUAUUAAGCUUCAAUAAGCUUAACAAGAUGGGGCGAGCAUUGGAUAAUUGGAUAGAAAGAGGCAGUGGAAGGGGACUAAUUUCUAAUUUUUAUGCUGUAUGUUGCACAAGAGCUGUAUGUCCACACUUCUCUAGCUUUUUAAAAGAAUCUGACUGGUAGAACGGUAUUAUUGAAUUCCUGAAUUGAGACAACUCUGCUUGGU